AUGGCCGUUGCAGACACUUGGGAGGACCUGCUCGAUGAGCUGGAGGAGCCAGCAACCCCUCCUUGCUCCCCGGAAGCUGCUACUGGGCUUGAUAAGUCGGCGAAGAAGAGCCCAGCGCAGCAGCAGCAGAAGCAGAAGCAGCAGCAGCAGCAGCAGGAGGUGGAGCUGAAUGACCCAAUGGAAGAGCGGCGAAGGAGACAGAUGUUAACAGAAGAAGCAGAAAAGCGAUUAAUGGAUGACUUGUUUGCGGGUUGCGAGCGCCCGCAAACAAAUACACAAAAAGUUGAAGUAGCCCCGAAGACAACCACCGCAGCAAAAACUGCAAAAACAAUAACAGCGACUUCCGCUGAUGUCUUCGACGGCUUUGAAUUAAAAACUUUCAAAGACUGCGAGCGCUUCGUGGAGCGCAUCUCCACCAAAAUAUUAGACAGCCCAGCAAAGAGCCCGGCUUGGCUGCGGCUGUUGGAUUUGCUGCUGAAAGAAUGCUCCCCCAAAAUGGAUCUCAAAGACUUGCGUUCGCUGCAGCAGAAGUUAGCAGCAACAAUAUCUGAAAAAGAAAAAGCAGAGCGGCUGCUCGCAACUAAAAAGAAAAAGCCAAAUGACAUCGGCUCUCAGUGCAGAAAUUACAAAGAAGAGCUCGAUGUCGUUUACGGUGGAGACUCCCAGGAUGACGAGGAAGACUACGACGACGACGAAGACUUUAUGUAA